CUCCGCCGCCUCAUCCGUCCGCCGUACGCCCGUCCGUCCGGUCAUCAGGUCUCGGCAGUGCAGCCGCGCUCCAGUCAGAUUCGAGAGGUCGCGCGCGCACCUACGGAAUACAAAUAUUUAUCAUUAUUACUAUUAUUAUUAAACUCUGCGGCGCCCGCACGCGCACGCGCACACGUAACGCCCGGUAAAUCCGAUUUUUUAGGAUAAUAACAAUAUAAUAUUAUAAUAUAAGAAGCUGAUACUUCGGGUGAUAUAAUAUCGACGUUACAACUACACUGCAGCUGUACCUGCCGCCCAGGGUAUUAUCAUUUACGCUGCACUGAAAUAGUUUUGCGGGCGAUUUUCUUCGCAUUUUCGUCUCCACGCGACGAUCAUCUGCUGCAGGGCUGUGUAGCAGCAGUUUGCCGACUUCGGGCUCCCGGACCAGCGGACCAUCGAUUGAGUGAUGCACCCGAAUCGCAGUUGCAGUUGUUAUCGCUGUCACUGGACAGCGGUCGGACGAUAAGGCACGCAUACGCUUAUAGUGGCGCCGUUUCAAGUUAUUGCACGAACAUACAAACGGACAAGUGGGAACAGGUGGACAGCCAGACGGAUCGCAUUACACACGCGUUGCACAUGAUGAUGAUGACCAACUGUCUGCAGCAGAGCGUGUGCGCAGAGGCGGCGGCCAUGCAGGCAAUGGAACUGCACCGCCGGAACAGCGGGGGUGGGGGCGACCAAUCGAUCGGCAAGUCUGGUCGCGACGACGGUUCGGCUACCGAAUACAACGACGACCGAGUGCAGCCCACUUCCGGCGGCCGUUUGAACGGCUCGGCCGAGCGUCCGUUGAAGUUCAGCAUAGACAACAUAUUGCGACCGGAAUUCGGCGGUGGCACCGGAAGCUUGGCCACGUCCGGUGGCAGCCCUCCGUCGGUGUUCAACCCGUACGACCACCAUCACAGACACUACCACCCCCAUCUCCAACAUCAACAACAACAACAACACCUCAACCACAUCGACCGCCUGAACCACCUAAACUAUCAACUUCACCAUCUCAACCAACUCAGUCACAAUGCCGCGGCCGCUGCCAGCGCCAACACAGCGGUCCGCGCGGUCGCAACGGCUAUCAAUGACGCGGCCGGCCCGGCGUCGUCUGAUCACGAGAAAUCCAAUAGCAGCAGACGGUCUUCGUCGUCGUCCACCGCUGAACCACUGAGUUCGCCCAUCGAUCUGUCGUGUUCCGACUCGCAGACCUGUGUCAACCCUGUCGCGACUGCUAACUCGGCAACAGUCAGCACCGCCGCCGCCACCGCCGCCAAUGCCACCCACGCGACUACCGCCACUGGUUCUUCGGACGCCACCAUCAAUGCAGUCGCCGACAAAGACGGCUCUCAACAGUGGCCGGCCUGGGUGUACUGCACAAGAUACUCGGAUCGCCCUUCUUCCGGAAGAAGUCCUAGGACUCGGCGAGCAAAGAAAAAGGAUAAGCAGCAGCAGGACGAAAAGAGGCCUCGGACUGCGUUCAGUGGCGACCAGCUGGCCCGGCUCAAGAAGGAGUUCACCGAGAACCGGUACUUGACUGAGAGACGGAGACAGGAGCUGGCCAACGAGCUAGGCCUGAACGAGGCCCAGAUAAAAAUAUGGUUCCAGAACAAGCGGGCCAAGAUCAAGAAGGCCAGUGGCACCAAGAACCCGCUCGCCCUGCAGCUGAUGGCCCAGGGUCUGUACAAUCACAGCACGGUCAUGGUUACUAAAGAGGAAGAAGAACAGCUGGCCGCGGCACAAGCUAUGGAAAUCAAUGACUGAAUAAACUUAAAAAAAAAA